UCAUAUAUUGUCUGCUUUGAUAUUUCUAUUUAAGCCAUGAAAACAAGAAACCAAAGUUCUGGGACAGAUUUUAUGCUUUUCAGUUUUUUCCAAUGUGGCAGGAUGAAUGCCUUUAUCUUUGCCACCAUUGCCAUCCUCUUCUUGGUGGCUGUGCUGGGGAAUGUCAUCCUGGCCCACCUCAUCUCACUGGAUGGCAGACUGCAUACACCCAUGCACUUCCUGCUCAGCCAGCUCUCCCUCAUAGACAUGAUGUACAGCUCCACCACUGUGCUCAAGAUGCCAACCAACUUCCUGACAAAUACCAAGCCCAUUGCAUUCUGGGGCUGUGAGAUUCAGAUAUUUGUGUUCCUGAGCCUUGGCAGAUCUGAAGCCAUUCUCUUGGGCUUCAUGUCAUAUGAUUGUUACAUAGCCGUCUGCCAUCCUUUGCAUUAUCAAGUACUCAUGAGCAAGAAGAUCUGCUGCUCCCUGGUCAUAUGUGCCUGGUCCAGCAGUGCUGUCAACUCCUUAAUAUAUACAUUGUAUGUUUUCCAGCUUCCUUUCUGUGGGUCUAGGGUCAUUAACAACUUUUUCUGUAAAGUUUCUUCUCUACUUCCAUUGGUAUGUCAGGACACCUCCCAGUAUGAAUAUGGCAUCCUCUUGAGUGGACUUAUUAUUCUGCUGCUGCCUAUGCUUGGGUCUCCGUUGACUUACCCGCGGGCCGGGACAGUAUUACAGAUGGGCUCAGGCACAGGACAGAGCAAACUUUUUUGCACAUGUUCCUCCCACCUGAUUGUGGCCAGCCUCUUCUACGUAACCACUCUCUCCCCCUACAUGUGGCCUCACUCCUUGCAUGACCCUGCCCACGAUAAGGUGGUGGCAGUGUUUUACAUCAUCGUCAAACCCCUUGUGAACCCAUUCAUCUACAGCCUGAGGAACAAGGAGGUCCUGGUGGUCCUGAGGCGACUCCUGGAUUUAUGGACGCUGGUGUAG